AUGACCGCUGAAAAACCCGUUGUGCUCAGAAUUGGCCAGUGGCCAUAUUCCGCUGAAAAAUGGUCCAAAUUGCAAGAGAUCGCCACGGUUGUGGACUGUGAGUCCAAGAAUAGAGAAGAGUUCUUGAGGGACUUGAAGUCCAAGUAUUCUCACGUUACCAAUAUUGCACGCACGUUCCCCAGCGUAACGCAAACGGGAAGAUUCGAUAAAGAGGUGGUGGACGCUUUGCCUGAUUCCGUGGUAUCACUUUCCCACAAUGGAGCCGGCUACGACCAGAUUGAUCCCGAGCCAUUGACUGAAAGAAACAUUCAGCUUUCCAAUGUGACAACGCCCGUGGAGGCCCCAACAGCGCUUACUGCCGUUUACCUAACGCUUGCAGCGAUGAGAAACUUCCAGAUUGGGCACGACAACUUAGUGCAAGGUAACUGGACAAAGCCAGAGAUAGGCAGAGGUGUCGGAGUGGGCAAAGAUCCAGAAGGUUUGACUGUGGGUAUUUUGGGGAUGGGCGGAAUUGGCCGAGCCAUUCGCGACCGCUUGGUUCCAUUUGGGUUCGAAAAGAUUCUCUACUAUAACCGGUCAAGGCUAGAGCCGGGAUUGGAGGGUGUUGCCGAGUAUGUGGGUUUUGACGAGUUGUUGGCUCAGAGCGACGUCUUGCUUAUUUCGGUGCCAUUGAACCCCAAGACACACCAUUUGAUCAACAAAGAAGCCAUUGCAAAGAUGAAGGAUGGUGUGAUUCUUGUCAACACCGCUAGAGGUGCCAUCAUCGAUGAGCAGGUGCUUAUUGAGGAAUUAAAGCUGGGAAAGAUCGGGGCAUUUGGUGGUGACGUGUUUGAGCACGAACCAAGUGUUCCAAAAGAGUUAUACGAGAUGGACAACGUCGUAUCGUUGCCUCACAUGGGCACUUGGACCCAUCAGGCGCUCAGGAACAUGGAAAAUUUCACUGUUGACAACAUUGAAAGCCAAAUUAGAACCGGUAAGGUGAUGACAAUUGUUCCCGAACAAAAAGGCAUAGACUUCAACCACUCUGCUAGGGUCUAA